AUGGAGAUCUCUGUGAGUUGUAGUCAGGACACACUCAGGGAAAUUUUCGCAUUCGGGGACGGGGUGGUGGACGAGGUGAUAGAGUCUGUCAAGUCCAAGAUACGGAUCCCCGAGGUGCGGGCGUUUUAUCCGGCCCAGGAAGAGAGCGAGAUUGUGCACGGCCAAACCUACGGAGACAUGCUGGAGGCCUUUGUAUCGCCGCAAGAACGUGACCAUUUGUUGCGCAACAUUGGAUCAAUCGCCAACUUGGACCAAAAGCUGGCCUGGGUGGCGCGCUGGACCAACCCCCGACUACCACUACCCGUCUUGGUCGCGGCCAUGCUUCUCAUCGAGCAGGUCUGGUUCAGCACCGCGUUCAACAUAAUUGUGGCGAAAGCCACCCUUGUGAUCAACUCGCUGCCCGAAAUGGUAAAGGCCAACGAAUUUAUCAUUAGGAAUGAAAACUUGCACGGAGACUAUGCCGCCUACCUCAUGCGCAGGUACUUCAACUAUACAGAGAAUGGGCCCCUGCAGGAGCUGGUUGAGCUGAUGAUUGGGGAGGCGCGCGAAGCCGAGCUCGCCUUUAUUCGCGAGGUUACGAGACCGUUGGCCGACCUGGAGGGCAAUUGCAUGUACGCGGGGGUUCAGUUUCCAGUGCUGUACGACCACCUUGGGAAAACUAUUGGGACCGUGCGGGUGCAAUUGAAUGGCGACCGUGGCGGCGGCGGCGGCGGAAUUGGAUCCGGCCUGAACUUGUCCCUUCUCACGGCCCUCGGCGUGGGCAAGGACAACUUUUUCGAGAACCGUGCGCCCAACUAUCAGAAUUCCACGGCCGGAUCCGAGUCCAUUGCCGCGGCCGUAGAGCGUGCUUUCAAUGAAUAA